AUGGAGGGCGCGGCGGGCGAGCGGGCGCCGCUGCUAGGCGGGCGGCGGGCGGCGGCGGCGGCGGCAGGGACGUUCGCGGGCCGGCGCGCGGCGUGCGGGGCGGUGCUGCUGACCGAGCUGCUGGAGCGCGCGGCGUUCUACGGCGUCACGGCCAACCUGGUGCUGUUCCUGAAUGGCGCGUCGUUCCGCUGGGAGGGCGCGCAGGCCAGCCAGGCGCUGCUGCUCUUCAUGGGUCUCACCUACCUGGGCUCGCCGUUCGGGGGCUGGUUGGCCGACGCACGGCUCGGCCGGGCGCGCGCCAUCCUGCUCAGCCUGGCGCUCUACCUGCUGGGCAUGCUGGUUUUCCCGCUGCUGGCCGCGUCCCCCUCGCGCGCCAAGCUCUGCGGGUACCCGCGCCCCGAACGCGUGCGCAACUGCUCGGCGCCCUUCCCCAACGGCACGGCCGUGUGUCCCGACGCUGCCGCGCGGCACUGCGCUCCUGCCACCUUCCUGGGGCUGGUGCUCGUGGGCCUCGGCGUGGCCACCGUCAAGGCCAACAUCACGCCUUUCGGCGCGGACCAGGUCAAAGAUCGAGGUCCGGAAGCCACUCGGAGGUUUUUCAAUUGGUUUUAUUGGAGCAUCAACUUGGGAGCCAUUCUGUCCUUAGGGGGCAUUGCCUACGUUCAGCAGAAUGUAAACUUUAUAGCUGGCUACCUCAUCCCCACUGUCUGUGUAGCUGUUGCUUUCCUGGUCUUCCUCUGUGCCCAGCGUGUCUUUAUCACAAAGCCCCCGGAUGGCAGUGCCUUCACAGACAUGUUCAGGAUACUGACCUACAGCUGCUGCUCCCAGAGAGGUCGGCAGCGGCGGCCCGGUGAAGGCAUUGGAGUCUUUCAGCAAUCUUCUAAACACAGUCUGUUUGAUUCAUGUAAGAUGUCGCGCGGAGGGCCGUUCACAGAAGACAAAGUGGAAGACAUGAAAGCCCUGGUCAAGAUCGUGCCUGUGUUCUUGGCUCUGAUUCCUUACUGGACAGUGUACUUCCAAAUGCAGACCACAUAUGUAUUACAGAGUCUUCAUUUGAAGAUUCCAGAAAUCUCAAGUAUUACCACCACCCACCACACGUUCCCCGCAGCCUGGCUCACCAUGUUUGAUGCAGUGCUGAUUCUCCUGCUCAUCCCGCUCAAGGACAAGCUGGUGGACCCCGUGCUCAGGAGACAUGGCUUGCUCCCAUCCUCCCUGAAGAGGAUCGCUGUGGGGAUGUUCUUUGUCAUGUGCUCAGCUUUUGCAGCAGGAAUCCUGGAAAGUAAAAGGCUGGACCUUGUGAGGGAGAGGAUCAUCAUCAACCAGACCAUCGGCGGUGUGGUGUACCAUGCUGCUGACCUGCCCAUCUGGUGGCAGGUCCCACAAUAUGUACUCAUUGGCAUCAGCGAGAUAUUUGCAAGUAUAGCAGGUCUAGAGUUUGCAUACUCAGCUGCCCCCAAGUCCAUGCAGAGUGCCAUCAUGGGGCUCUUCUUCUUCUUCUCUGGCAUUGGGUCCUUUGUGGGCUCAGGACUGUUGGCACUGGUGUCCAUCAAAGCCAUUGGAUGGAUGAGCAGCCACACAGACUUCGGGAACAUCAACAGCUGCUAUCUCAACUACUACUUCUUCCUGCUGGCUGCCAUCCAGGGAGCCACACUCUUACUGUUCCUCAUCGUUUCCGUGAAGUAUGACCGCCAGCGAGCCAGGGCGGAUGGAGGGCCAGCCAGCGGGAGGGCCUGA